AUGGAAGCACUGGUGCCGUUCACGACGUCCGGGCAGCUGCUUAACUGCGUGGAUAAGAAGAUGCUGGUGGCACUUAGAGAUGGCAGGAAGAUUUUCGGCGUGCUGAGAUCAUAUGAUCAAUUCGCCAAUUUGGUCCUGAAUGAUGCAGUUGAGCGAAUACACGCAGAGGAUGAAUACGCAGAUAUACCGCGCGGGUUAUACUUGAUUAGAGGAGAGAACGUUGUACUGAUGGGUGAAGUUGACUUGGAUUUCGAAGAUGUCGUACCACUCAAAUCAGCACCAAUUGAAGACGUUCUCAAUAAAACAGCUGUACUGGAUGAAAAUAGAGCGGUGGCUGAUAGUGUAAGAGACGCUGUACUUAGACAGCGUGGAUUUUGCACUGAGAGGGUCGACGGUGACGUAGACGUGCACAACUACGGACACGAGCCAUCGACGAGUGCAUUCACGAGACAGCAGCAGGUACAACACGCUGAGCAGCUUAAGAGAGAUGCGGAAUUGGAAGCCGAAGCUGAAGCAGCGUUGCAGAUGGAGCAGCAGAGGGCGUAUAUAAUGCAACAACAGCAACACCAACAACAGCAGCAGCAGCAAGCGAGUGAAUUGAAGGCUAUCGAAGAGCAACAGAUGCUUAUGGCACAACAGCAGCAGAUGGCAUUCACUCAACAGCAGCAACAUCUCGCGCAGCAACAUGCUCAACAGCCACAACAUGCGCAAAGUGUGCAACCCGUACAAUCCAUGCAAACACCACAAACACCCAUUCUCACACCUGAACAGCACCAACGCUUCAUCCACCACCAGCAGCAGCAAUUCUACCAACAACAACAACAGCAACAUAAUCAAUUCAGAUAUUAA